AAAACCUGUGGCCGUUAAAAUUCAGUUGACACCACCGCCAAGCAACAAAAAGCCUGAGAAAACAUAUGGCUCCCAGACAUCUUCACUAGGAUUCAAAGUGCUCUCGCUCGGGUCUCGGAGUGGAAAGAGGAAGGCAGCUCGGACAAAAAUGGCUGCCACCCUCUCUCACUUUCGUUCUAAAUUCGAUGCGGCGAAACACCCUUUUCUCAAUCCUCACAAACUCCCCAGGAACCGCAGUUUCUCACUCUGUACUCCAACUCUUCCCAAGUCCUCAAAGCACAAGAACUCCACCACUUCGCUCAAAACCUCACCCCAACAACAAAAUGUUCAACCUGAAAAAUCUCGAUCCCCUGUCCCUUCCAAACGUGUUGGUAUUGCUGACUCUGACCCGACUUCUUCGCUUCUCUUUCGCCGGUUAAGAGAUGGGUUUAAGAUAGAUGAGCUUGGAUUGGAGAUUCUGUCAAUUGCAUUACCUGCUGCGUUGGCUUUGGCUGCCGACCCCAUUGCUUCACUUGUCGAUACAGCCUUUGUUGGCCAUUUGGGGUCGGUUGAACUGGCGGCGGUUGGGGUAUCAGUAUCAAUAUUCAAUUUGGUGUCAAAGUUGUUUAAUGUUCCUUUACUUAAUAUCACCACGUCCUUUGUUGCUGAAGAGCAAGCAUUGAUUGGUAAAAACAGUGAUGAUGGUGAAUUUGAGCAUCAAGGCAAGAGAGUUUUUCCCUCAGUAUCCACUUCCCUGGCACUUGCUACUGGCCUUGGCAUUGCAGAAGCAGUUGCACUCUCAGUUGGCUCGGGUUUCUUAUUGAAUAUCAUGGGUAUACCUGUUGAUUCACCAAUGCGUGGGCCAGCUGAGCAGUUUCUCACCUGGAGGGCCUUUGGUGCCCCGCCAAUUGUAAUUGCACUUGCUGCUCAAGGCACUUUUCGUGGAUUUAAGGAUACCAAGACACCUUUGUAUGCCAUUGCAGGUGUAGGCAGCUUACUGAAUGUAAUAUUGGAUGCAAUUUUAAUAUUUCCCAUUGGUUUUGGCGUUGGUGGUGCUGCAGUUGCUACUGUGACUUCUGAAUAUUUGAUGGCCAUUAUUCUUCUCUGGGAGUUGAAUGGGAAAGUAGUACUGAUCUCUCCAAGUGUUGAUUGGAGAAAAGUUGCCCUAUAUAUAAAAUCUGGUGGACUUCUCAUUGUCAGGACAAUAGCCACUCUUGGAACUCUCACCCUUGCAACAUCUCUGGCAGCUAGGCAGGGCCCUAUUCCCAUGGCUGGUCAUCAGAUUUGCAUACAAGUUUGGUUGGCAUUAUCUUUGCUUACUGAUGCUUUAGCACUUUCUGGUCAGGCUCUUCUUGCCGCUGAUUACUCCCAAGAAAAUUAUCAACAAGCUCGCCGAGUGAUUUACAGUGUUCUACUGAUUGGUUUAGGAACAGGAUUUUCGUUGGCUGUCUUCUUAUUCCUUGGAUUUGGAGCAUUUUCUGGCUUAUUUAGCACAGAUUCGGAAGUUCUCCAAAUUGCCUUGUCAGGUACUCUGUUUGUUGCCGGCUCUCAGCCAGUGAAUGCUAUUGCUUUUGUUCUUGAUGGGCUCUACUAUGGAGUUUCGGACUAUGAAUAUGCUGCCGUCUCUAUGGUACUAGUCGGAUUAAUCUCAUCAGCGUUCCUACUUGUGGCUGCUCCUGUGUUCAGUCUUGCUGGAGUCUGGACAGGCUUAUUUCUCUUCAUGGCUUUGCGUGUGGUAGCUGGAAUUUGGAGGUUGGGCACAAAAACGGGACCAUGGAAAAUGAUUUAUUCUGAUAUGGAGAGUAGAAAUGGAUAAGAAUGCCUUAAGUUGCCUGGCCAAAGCUUUGCUGUUAUUAGUUUGAGAUGAUAAAUGCUUUCAGGGUGGGCAUGGGAAAGUGGUGGCAGUGGCAAAAUUAUCACUCAUGAGAGUGUCACAGCAUUCGAACUUCAAAGACCACUUAACUUUAUGGAGGCUAAUUGGAUUCAACAUGAGUAGAUUUUAGAGGCUGCUGGACCAGACUUAAGAUGGGGUUGACCCCAUUAGAAGCUGCAUUAUCUAUUUUUUCAAUGGCAUAAUCAGCUUUGUAAAUUUGUUUACAGCUUACUGUAUAUAUCAUUCAUAUUUUCCUUGACAGUGGCUCCACAUUUUACUGUUUUCUCAUCAACCAAUAGAAAUUGUGA